GAGCCACCAACCAACAGUUCCAGCUCUCUGCAUCGUUAACAACGAAAGGGACAAAAACAAGGCUCAAAAAUCCCAAAUAUUAAUCGAUUUCUCCAAAGUUCUAUCUCACUCACAAGUGCCUAUUUCCUUAAUUCCCUUAAAUCUCGAUUCUUUUUUGGCGGGCUCUGAAGAAUUUGAGGAACUGUUGCGUACCGUAUUGUUUUUGGGCAUUUCUUUUGCACCUAUGGAGUCUUCAAUGAAAAUUGGGUCGUCGAUUGUUUUGCCCAUUUCUUCAUAUUCAGUAAAACUUAAUCAACACAAGCAAUAUAAGGUUGAUUAUGGGUUUCGAUUCAGUGGAAGACGGUCCAUAAGUAAAAUUUGCGUCAUCAUCCCUAAUGGCUCUGUUUCUUCCUCUUCUUCUCAUGAGGCAGAAUCGAGGGCAGUGGGAAAUGCACAUAGACAAAGAAGCAGCCUUGAAUCUCUUUUUUGUUAUGAUAAGCCUAUACCAGAGGAGAGAAUUGAGAAGCCGGUUGGUACAUCUUUAGCUAAAAAAUCAAUUGGAGAUAAUCCUCGAUGCAUUGAUUGUGAGGCCAAAGGUGCAGUUCUUUGCACCACUUGUUCAGGUUCAGGGUUAUAUGUUGACUCCAUAUUGGAGAGCCAGGGUAUCAUUGUGAAAGUCCGCUGUUUAGGUUGUGGAGGAACGGGUAACAUUAUGUGCUCAGAAUGUGGUGGGCGUGGUCAUCUUGGACCUCAAUGACCUGCAUGGUUUGCUUUUCCUCGCAGAAUUUUGUUGUGGCCUUGUUUGCUCCAACAUUUUCAUAUUAAAGGUCUCAUUUGUUAUAGUUAUGUAUUCUUGAGGUAUUUUUAUGGUUCCAUCUUUGGUGAUUUGUGAUAAAUUUUACUCAAAACUUUCAUGUACUUGACUUUAUUUAUUUCUUAAUGGAAUUCUUUCUCUA